ACCCAGCCUUUUUAAGGUUUCCCUAACAAUCAGGGAUUUAGAACAUUGGUAAGAAGGCCUACCUAGCAGUUCAAAAGGGGAGAGAGCGUUAGAGAAUCUACAUGUAAAUAGAGAAUCUAAGACCCAGCCUUUUUAAGGUUUCCUUAACAAUCAGGGUUUUAGAACAUUGGUAAGAAGGCCUACCACGCAGUUCAAAAGGGGAGAGAGAGUUAGGUCAAGCAAAGAUGAACCACAAUCAGCAAUCGAGUGAUGGCAGGCACGAUGAUGAUACUGUGCUCUCUGAUUUCCUUGCGUCCUUGAACUACACCCCCACUAUUCCAGACCAAUUGGUGGAGCAUUACUUGGCGCAAAGCGGGUUCCAAUGUCCCGAUGUUCGAUUAAUCAGGCUGGUAGCUGUUGCUACGCAGAAGUUUAUUGCAGAGGUUGCAACUGAUGCCCUUCAGCAAUGCAAGGCAAGGCAGGCAGCUGUAGUCAAGGACAAGAGGGAUAAGCAGCAAAAGGAUAAGCGUUUAAUCUUGACAAUGGAGGACCUCUCCAAGGCUCUGCGUGAGUAUGGCGUAAAUGUGAAGCAUCAAGAGUAUCAAGAGAUGAAUGAGCUCGGUGCCUUGUAUCAGCAAAAACAAAUUCUUCAUGGUGGCUUGCAUUUUGAUUUCAACUUUUAACUAAUUUGCAAGGCUAUGAAAAUACACCAUUAUUUUUACAUAUUAUGUAAUCAAUCUGUAGAUGAUUUCAUUUCAUGGUCUUGUUGCUACACAAUUAGGUAGAUGCAGUUAUCCUGUUUUCUUAGUAUCUCUCUCCCCUCGGAAAAAGAAAAAAUGGAAAAAGAAAGAAAGAAAUGGAAACAAAUACUUUAUUUGUAUUUGUAUUUUAUUUUUUAUUAAUGAGAGGAUAUUAUGCUGGAUUUUGAAAGCA